CUGCGCGGCGCCGGGGCACAGGCCGAGGCCGCGCCCUAAGGUCGUUGCUGAGGCGGGGCCGGCGCGGCGCCUGGCUGGGGCCGGGCCGGGGCGGCGGAGAGCGGGCCGCGCCGGGCGGUAUGAUCGGCACCGUGCUCUGCUACGUGCUGCUGCCGGCGGCGCGGCUCCUCCGGGCCCUCCGAGAUGCUUUCUUUACCUGUCGAAAGAAUGUGCUUCUGGCGAAGAGCACGUCCACCCAGAUAGAAGGAGUCUUUGCUGCGACUAGAGGAAGGUCGGUCCCAGAAGAGCAAGAAGCCCUUCUCCAGCAGUGGCUGGAGGAAGGAGCAGGGAAUUUGCCAGCCGGUGAGAGUGCUCCAGCAGUGGGGAAAGUAUCAGUUACGCUCACUAGUGACUGGUUUGAAGGUUCAGAGCUAUUGAUGACUAGCCUUAAUGACCUGAAUUCGGCUCCAGAAGUCACCCAGUGUGCUGGUCAGCAGCUUGCAGAGCUACAUGCCUUGGCUUCUUCAGAACCACAAGAUCAUGUAGUGACUGAACUGUCAAAAUUAACAGCAGAGGAAACAGUGGCUGUAACAGGCAGUGCCCCUUGGGCAGCUCUGGUGCCCCAGACGGAUCUCCAGAGAGCUGGCUGUGCCACUGUUGAUGUAGAAGUGCAGAAUGAAGACCCAGCUGUGCUGGCCUGGAGUUUAGCACGUGACGCAGAGACACUGCCAACGGAGCCCCCAGCCUGGCCCAUUCAGGAUGCGGUACAAUUUUGUCCUCUUCCGACAGAGGUACCCUACCAUGAGAUUUUAUGGAGAGACUGGGAGGAUCUCUCUGUCCAGCCCUGUGUGCUAGAGCAGGUCUCGAAAAACACUCCUCUUUUUGAAUUUCGAGUCAUGUCUUACAACAUCCUUGCCCAGGACCUGGUGGAGCAGGGCCUUGAUCUCUAUCUACACUGUCAUCCAGACAUCCUGAACUGGAACUACCGCCUUCCAAACCUUUUGCAGGAGAUCCAGCACUGGGAUCCUGAUGUUCUGUGUCUCCAGGAGGUGCAAGAGAACCAUUACUGGGAGCAGCUGGAACCGACAUUCAAAGAGAUGGGCUUUGCAUGCUUCUAUAAACGGAGGACUGGGACGAAGACAGAUGGCUGUGCAGUGUGCUAUAAGCACAGCAGGUUCCAGCUGCUCAGCCUCAGCCCUGUAGAAUACUUCCGGCCUGGCCUGGAUGUCCUCAAUCGGGAUAAUGUGGGCCUGGUGCUGCUGCUGCAGCCUCUGCUCCCGGAGGGCCUAGAUCUGAAGUCGAUCAGUCCUUUGUGCGUGGCCAACACUCAUGUGUUGUUCAAUCCUCGUCGGGGAGAUGUCAAACUGGCCCAGAUGGCCUUGCUCCUAGCAGAGAUUGACAAAAUUGCAAAAACUGCUAAAGGCAGCUACUGUCCUGUCAUCUUGUGUGGAGACCUGAACUCUGUACCUGAUUCUCCACUCUACAAAUUCAUCCGGAACGGUGAACUGUCCUACCAUGGGAUGCCAGCCUGGAAGGUGUCUGGUCAGGAGGAUUUUUCCCAACAGUUGUAUUCACGGAAACUGCUGGCCCCGCUGUGGCCAAGCUCACUGGGUGUAACGGACAACUGCCAAUAUGUCACCCUGUGCCAGCCAAAGAAGCUAGGCAGACGUAAAUACAGCCGUGACUUCCUGCUCCAGUUUCAUUUUUGUGACAUUGCCUGUAAACGACCACCGCAGCUGAUCCUCUUGGAAGGUGUGACAGAUGCUAAACCAGACCGCCCUGCACACUGGCCCAAGCCUGCUGCCAUGCUGGAAGACCCUGAUCCCCAGCCGUUCGUCCCAAGGUCUUCAGGCGUUAUCCAGCAUGGCCUCAACCUGACCUCUGUCUACAGCCACUUCCUGCCACAGAGGGGACGCCCGGAGGUCACAACGAUGCCUAUGGGGCUCGGAGCCACCGUUGAUUAUAUCUUCUACUCAGCAGAGCCUGUGGAGAAUGGGAACAGAGGAGGUCGCAGGCUGUACCGGGAUGGAGCUCUGAAGCUGCUUGGCCGCCUUUCCCUUCUCUCUGAAGAUGUCCUGCUGUUGGCAAAUGGCUUACCAAAUCCUUUUUGUUCAUCUGAUCAUCUCUGCCUGCUGGCUAGCUUUGGCUUGGAGAUCUCCAGCCUCAGAGAGGCCCAAACCAGGACAGAGAUCCCAAAAGAGAUGAAAAUGGAAGGCAUGCAAGAGGCAGCAGGGCCUUCAGGUGGAAGAACUGAUACCUGUCACUUGCCCAACUCUUUCUCUGUGCCCUCCCGGUUCCGUUCAGCCUGCCAGGGGUGAUAGCCAACCUGUAGCAUCCUCCUGCACCAGGCUGAAGUUCUUGCAACUGCUGCCUUCUUGAGCAAGGCAUGUUUAGGUACGUAGACCCUGUAGGACUGACUCCUGUCUCUUGACAGACGCUGGGAGGGAGGGGAAGGCUGUGUAACUUGGAGCCAGAUUGUCAAUCGCUUGGAUCCCAGUGUGUGUUUGGUGUCCUACCAGUGUACUUUUGUCAGCAGUGGCUUGGGCAGUACAAAAACAAUAGAACUGUACCUGUUCCUAGGGCAGAUUUGCCAGUCCAGCCUGACAUUUGGUGCUCAGUUUUUCCAUGAGAGAUGAGAGCAAUAUUGGCAGAAACUUGUAUCAGUCUGUUCACAAAUGGGGCAGGGAAAUCUGGUCUGAUCUCAGGUUUCUAUGGGAAGGUACACCUGAAAUAUUGUUCUUUCUUCCUGGGUUUUGUUGAGGGACUUUCAUAUUUUAAAUGUUACUUUCUUACUGAAAAAUAAAAUUUUUAUAAUCUAAGAAAAAACCACAAGUAACUGCAGCACCUUGUGCUCCUGGCAGUUGAACCCUGUGAGGACUUGCUCAACAAGACUUUGCUGGCUGGGAUGUGAAGGAAGAGAGGACAAAUGAGCUACACAAGAUAGUAGUAAUGGGGAUUGAAGAGAGGGAAAAAGUGAGCCUAGCUGUUGUCUCCCAGCACAUCCCCAGAUCCCAGAGGUGGUUUAUUUGGCAUUGGACUUGUCUUGCAAAAUGGUUUGUGUUCAGGAACACUUACCUCCUCCCAAAGAAAGCGAAUACUGCUGAUCUUUUACAGCUUCUGUAAACUGUACAGAAACAAGUGGUGUGUGGGGCCAUUGUGUUCCAUGCCCAUGUGAUUGUGUAAGGACUGCAUAUUCCCUUCGUGCCCCUGCGAGGUGGUGUGGUAUUUGCCUGGUGAUGUGUGGCUGGCUUUUGCUAACCCAGUUGGGAUAACAUGUAGGAGUCCGUAUAAGUGAACAGAAAUCUGGGGGUGAAUAAAUGUGUGGCUUUGUUUGCCCUUAGUUUCAUAGGUAAUGGUGUGGCACUGGUGUUAGUACAUGGGGAGCUGUGUAUUAUUAUGGCUCUGCUUAUCUGACAGUUGCACUAAUUUCUGCAAGUACUCUUACUCUGAUUUUGUAAUUGGUUGCAUUUGUAAAGUAGGGGAGGAAGGAGAAAUUGGUGAACUGAGAGCUUUAUUUUCUGUCAGGCUUGAAAAGAAGUUGCCAGAAGGCAGCCUGGUUGCACAUAACUCCCACCAGCUGGUAAGAUUGUAGUAGGAAAUUUGGAAGACACUAAAGGUUUAAAAACAACCAAGGAAAAGCAAAACAAAAACCAGUGACACAUUGUGUUGGCAUUUAUAUCUUUGGCUGUCUGCUUCAGUUAUAAUUGCUGGCUAGGUCUGAUGGUGAGCUGGUGAGGGGGCUGUGUUUGUGUGAAAGCAGCCCUCCUGCCCUGCCUGUUGAGACCCACAAGGUGGGCACCCUAUAGCACCAGGUGAGCUGGUUGCCCCUGCACUGGCCGAAGCACGCUGCCAAUCCUGCGAUGUCACCAAGGCAUAGGAGCUGUGCUUCAGCAUCACAAGUGCUUCUUCCAUGUUGUUUAAACCAAAGACUUGACUUUUCUUUUAGAUAAUUUGCAUAAAGGCAUCUCUCAGGGAGGUUUAAGGUUCCAGCUAUAUUUUGUUGGAAAAUCUAAUGUUCCACGGGACAAGCUAAUGCUUUCUCUUUCGAUAUAUGAAAUACUAUGGUAUGAAUUCAGAAUGGUUGAGUUGUUGAACACUGGAUAUGGAAUCAUGUGUUAUGAGAAACCCCAGGUCAGUGCCUGCAAGUCCUCCAAUUCUUCUUUCUGAAGGUUAGAAAGGUCCCAGAGGGACCUGCAGCUCCUGAAGCUUUGGCUCACACAUUCUUCCUUGGGCAUUUAUAAGUGAAACUAUUGCAGAAGUGCAGGACCAAUGCUUGUGACUGCAUGUAGACACACAAAGGCAGAGUUGACCAUUUGAGUGCUGUGGUUGUUUUGACCAUUGUCCCUGAAGCUCUGGUACAGGCUCCUGCAGACUUGUCCUGUUUCAGGAAAGAAAAAAACCCUGUUUUCUAGAGCAAUUUGGAGUUUAUAUCAAAUGGAUCUGGAGACCUGUAAAUGCCUCUGGCUGUGGGGAACUAUAGGAGAAGUUUGGGUGUGGGUUGGGUGGAAAGAGUCCCUACCUCUAAAAUAGCAACUAGUAUAUAGUUGUAGGGAGAAAAUAAUAUGUUCUGUGAUGCUUUAAGAAUAGCACACAGUGGUAUAAGAGGCUGUGGUAAUGAGCAACUUGUGGUGGGACGCAGAACUAAGGUUCCAGAUGUAGCUCUUAACACUGUUUCCUGAUCUGAAUGCAUGGCUAGUUGUCAUUAGCACAGCUUUCUGAUGACUUAGAGGGGUCUGUAAAUGCAUAUGAAAGCGGAACAGGAAUAACUGCUAUACUCAGAAAGGGAAGGGAUCAUUAGGUAGGAUUAUUUGCAUCAUCUUAGUAGUGAUGCAGAGCUCAGGGAGACGUACUUACAGGGAAAGGAUGCCAGAGUCCACUGGUGGUGUGUAUAUAUACCCUGUUACCAGUCUCCUAAGCUGCAGGAACAUGCAGCUGUAGAGGAAAACAGAUACUUGACAAAGUAUCUUUGCUAGAAAACAGCUUAGAUUGCAGCACAGCUGCUAGGCUGUAUUUAGUUAUGGUAUUUAGAUAGAAGUUGGACUUCCUUCACUUUCUCAGUUUUAAGUUCAUCACUUCAGGAGAUGCCCUUUAUAAUCAGUUUUCCCAAUUACAUGGGAUGGGAGGAGUGGUAAACAAUACAAUUGCUCUAGUUUCUUUCCUUUUCUUAAUAAAUGAAACUUGGCUGCUGCUUAAGGUCUUUUUUCUCCAUGCCUGUUCCUUAUGAGGUAUCUCUCCAGCAGCUGUUUUCCCACGACUGCCAUAUCCAGUUAGUUUUCUGAGUUACUGAUGUUUAUUUUUUCUGCAGCUGUAUUUCUUCAAUUAAAAGCUAUGGAUGGAACUCUUUAGGGCUAAGUCUUACUAUAAACAUGACAUUUAAAUAGCAUCAAGCCAUAAGAUAGUGGGUUCCCUCACCCCUGAAGAGUUAAGUGGGAGGGUUGGAAGCUGUGAAACCAACACUUAGAUGGGAAUAACUCAUGUGAUACAAAACAAAAAAAAGUUUAAGAUUUAUCAUUAGUGCCCUCUAUGCCGUCUGCUUUGUGAAGCACUGAAAUAUACUUGACCUUAGUACCUUUUCUCUGAGGAGUCUCUUAGAAGCUGUAAGAACAGUUCAGCAUCUCAGAGAGAAUCUUUUAAGAGCAGAUCAAGGUAUGUGUCCUGCUCCUAAUGCUGGUUGUGAGUGGUGUUGGCAAAGUCUGCAAAGCAGGGUGUUGCUGCAGUGCAAUUUCUCCUCCCAUUGCCACCACCUUACUAAUGAACAUUUAUUGGAUGUACUGUUAGGAACUUGCAAACAUAUCCAUUCUUCAUCCAAAUGCAGAUGAAGCCUUUUGUGGCUCAUCUAAAGGAGGAGCACACGAGCCUUAGUGGGAUACCACCUCCUUUCAGUAGGCUUCCUGUUGUGCAAGUUAAUUGAAUUCCUGGCUAUGACCUGCUUCUUACCAGACUGUAGCUGCCUGGCCAGGCCACUGAAAUGCACAAGCUGCAUGAUCUCGGCGAUUGAGUGUACUGCAUUGUGUUUCAAAGUAUGAUACUGAGCUUCUGUAGAGAACUCACCUGCUAUGAUGAUAACCAAUGUUACUGAUUUAACAGCUGGCAUGCCUCAAGCUCCUUCCUUCUGUCAACUGUACGAGUUUGGCUUCUCCUGUCAAGGCAAGUUGUCUCCAACUUCCACUGAAAAUGUCAUUCUAGUCUUGAAGCUCUUCUUCUUUUUAUUUAUUUUAAAAUUUAUUUAUUUUGUUUCAGAUCUAGGCUGCACAUUCUUGUGCUCUAAGGCAAUAGGAAUGCUGUAUAGUAGAGCUGGAAAAUUUUUCCUAACUUUGGUUAGACAAACAUAGCAGCUUUCAAGGUGCUGAGGUGGCAAAUAGGAAGAGGACUAGACUAGAUGCUGGCAUGUGCUAAAACAAAAGAUGUUUUUGUUCCAUCCAAUUUUUCCUGUUAUAUACCAAAAAGACUUGACUUCAAGCCUUAGCAAUGUUAUUUAGGUUUUUUUCUUUUCUUUCUGGAUGGAAAGCCUUCUACAGCAGUCCUAAGUUUAUUCAGUUACUGGCUGCUUUCAGGAGCUGCUCCUCAACUGGGGGUAGAUGAAUGCAGUAGUUAGUUGUUCUAAAGCUAUUCUUUUCCUCACCCAGAGUGAGGUUGGAGAUAGGAGAGCAGUCACUCUUUGCCAAAAUAAAAAUAUAACCCAGGAAAGCCAACUCAGUAGAGUUCACUGAAGUCUGUAGUGGCAUGCUAUCCACAGCAUGUCGUACGCCUUUGCCUUCUGUAAUCCUGCAGCCUCUGCAUGAAUGGUGCUCUUAAGGCUCAGUCUCACUCUCUCAUGAAUGGAUUUUUAUAUGCUUUUAGGCAUGUGAGAGCCUUAAGUUUUGUGGUCUUCAGCUUCUCGGUGUAGUAGCUGACUGGGUUUCUUUUUCUAAAUUAUUUUUUUAAUUGCUGCUUCGCUGAGUUGUGUAUCCUUUACACAAUAAAGGAUUUUUACUGAGGUCCAAGUAGCAUAAUCUCUAAGUAACUUAACCUAUAACUGCUAGAACUAUCAGUAGCAGGGGGAAAGCUUGAUCUAGGAAGAAGCCAAGUCUUAUUUUUAAUCUCAGCUGUGGCCAAGUCACUGUCCUGCCAUUCUCACUUCAUUAUCUAGCAGUCACCCUGACCUAUCUAUAGGGGGGUUAGGAGUUACCUGAUUUUCACCACAACCUGUAAGACAUGAGGCAGAGGGUAUUUUCAAGCAAGCAUCUGAAGUAGAGGUUUACAGAAGUCAUAGCACUUUAAUCUUUUUUUGCUAUUAUUAAUCUUUAAGUAUUUAAUAGGAGAGCAAGAAGCCUUUGAUUGCUGCUGAAGUCAACUGUCAACUCCUGGGCUUGAGCAAAGGCCACGCAGGCUUAUGAAGUGGCUACUUUCUUCGUGUCUUCAUACCAUCUACUAGGUGCUGUGCAAUUGCUUCCCCUCAGGGCAGAAGUCGUUCAUAUAAUUAACUUAGCUAAGAGGGACUAUUUCAUGUGCCAUUCUCUUUGGAGUAACGGGUUAGGGGAUGUUUAUUCCUUUCCUCUACACACUGUAGGCUUGCCUACAUCCUGGCCCUGGUCCCGGCUAUUACUCACUUCCCUAGAGAGAAGGGGUAUGUUAUGCCUGAAAGAUGAUAGCCUGAAUAAAGUUGGAUCCCCUUUGCUGGGGAAAUACACUGAAUCUUGCAGCUGAUUGUCCUUUGUUAACCCAGCAUUUGUCUUGAGAAGGCCUGGUGAGGUCAGUAGUCUGGAAGGCCACUAAACUACAGACCUUAAGCAGAAUUGCUUUUCAGGCCAGGAAGGGAGACUGGAUUGUAUGUUGAGAGCAGAGCAAGCAGAGGCUUGCGUUAACCCUUACAGUCUUCUUUCAAGACUGAAAUUUCUGUUGCUGCAUUCACUGACUUUUUUUCCAUCCAGCCUGACCAAUGGCAGUUCAAGAUGAAAAGAUGAGUUUUAGCCUUUGCUAUACAGCCACAUACGUGCUUCUUACUCUCUGGCAGCUGCCUCUGUGCGUACAGACGUACACUCACCUGCUCAGAUGACUGAAGGAAAAUGAGGGUUCUUCCAUGUCCACAGUGUUGCAAGUACAGGGCAUCUAUACCUGAUUUGUCUUUGACUUCUCAGCUGACUGACAAUGGGAAAGUUUAAAUUGGAAAGAAAGACAGUACAGACAUCUUGUUUUCUCUGCACAAGCUGAGAGCAGUACAGAGGGAAUUUUAUUGUCUAAGUGUCAAAGGAAGCAGGAGGAAGUAUCAACAUGAGGGUUAUGGGAAGUGCAGUAAGAACUAAAUCUAAAUACAAGUUCUGUGUUGGCUACAUAAGAACAUGGAACCACACUGAUUAAUUACAAAAAGACACACAUGAUAUUGUUCUUAAAGAAAGAAACCUUCCAUUUCUUAGUUCAGAGCUGUACCAGUGAUAAAGAUGUAAAUGGUUUUGGAGCACCCUAACAGUGCCAGAGUAGAAUACUGAUGUGCAUGGAAGGGGACCGCUUUGGUCCCACUAGCACCUUCUUAACCCUGUCCUGGAGGGAAACUCUGCUCUGCAGAGAUUAGGGGGGAUUCAGUAGCCUUCUGGGCCUAAGUUGAGUUGCUCUUGAGCAGACGGGGCCAGGGCACCACUGAAGGGAAGUGGUUGUGAUACAUGUAAACACCUGCUCAGGAAACAGACAAAAAUAUUAAAUUCCCUAAGGAGUUCAGCUUGGCUGUAGAGGGACCAUCUCCACCUUGCUCUGGCAGAGCAAACACCAAGCCAGAAUAGCACUUGCUUUCUUGGGUUAAAUUAUAUAUCCAUAAUGCAGGUCUUAAUGUUGACAGGGCAAUAGUGCAAGACCACUGGAAUAUGCGGUGUUAUUUCAGCCAGACUUGCACACACAGUACACAUGGGAUGUGGGGCACCUCCUGCUUAUAUCUAGGGCCUAAUCAUCAGGACCACUUGAAAUACUUCACUUAGAAGGAGCAAGUGGCUAAAGCAACCACCUGAAGCGAUUAGCCAGAUCCACUGGAGCAAGGUCAGGCCCAUCUAAUCCAGACUCUUGCCCUUUGGCAACAGGAGCAUUCUUCUGUUCAUUACAGUUUCUUAAACUCUGCAAUUUUGAGCACAGUCAUGUUUCAGUCCCUACAAUACCACAUGUGAGCCUACCUUAAGGGGCAGGCACCUGAUUAAGGCUUUCAUCUGAAAUACUUAAAAAAAAAAAAAAUUCUUCAUGUUAAGCAGAUCUGGUAGCUGCAAUACAGCUACUGCAUGAACAGAAACUAUGUUUCAGCCACAGUUCUGGAGUCAUUUAUUCUGGUAGAUCCGAGCAUACUGUGUACUGAUCCAAACAUACAGUGGCACACAGGUAAAAUUGUCAACUGAAAAAAAGCACUCCACUCCCAGCUAAAACACUUGCUAACAUACUUUAAGUUCCUAAAGACUCAUUUAGCUUAUCAUAUCAGAGUUAAAAAAAUGGCUAGUGUGUCACAGACUGAUGGACACCCAACCCCGCUCUUUAGCAUAUGAAAUUUAUAUCAGAGUGACACUGUAGCAGAAAGUUUUGCUCACUAAUCCAUUCAUCCAUUAAAAAAAUUGCAGUUGGCCAGGUAUUGUCAAGGGACUCAUCUGCAUAAAAGUAUAAAGAGGAACUCUUAUUUCAAGGUUUGCAUUACAUUUAAAAUAGUUUUGCUAGUAGUAGGUCAGCCUUUGUUCAAGUCUUUCAAAGCUCACCUAGAUUUCACAUACAACAUAGGCAGUGUCUAUCCAUUCCUAGUGUAUGGAUGCAGUUCCCUUCCAGAGUUCAGGACUCGUGCUGCAGAACAGAUAUCGGGUGAGACCUACUGAGCAGUGAAAUUCACACCCCAGAGCUACAUGAGUGAUCAUAUCCACAUUUAUCAGGACUCCUCAAGAUCCAUCAUUUUUGUUCUGCAGGCACUAAGGAGUUUGAGUUACAGUUUAGUUCUGUAUUUUCAUUCCUUCUCUGUAGCUCUAAAGACUGCAAAAGUGGAAAGGACUCGCCUCCAGCCUUUUUUUCCUUAUGGUUAAAGGAAGACAGACCAGAAGCCAGAGCAGGUAGAUAAGAGAGGAAAGAAGUGGAAGUGUAAAAGUUCAUCUUUCAUUGUACCCUCGGGUUUCUUACGGCAUAAAACUGGAUAGCACUAAUCCUCUCUGUCACAGGGGGAUGCUAUGCUGUCUUGUUAGCAAGGAAGCUAAGCUUUGUAUUGAAGUGAUUCAUCUUGUUACAAAGAUUUGGGGAGCAAGAAGGGGAGAAUUGUUAGGUCAUUUUCCAGUUUCCUGCACCAUCUGCUAAACUAGACACAUAGAAACAGUAAGGGGCAGGAAUUCUAGCACACAUAGAAACAUAGUAGAAGACUUGAAAUAGCUCUAGUAGAGGGCUCAUGCCUGCUCCUGUGUCCAUCUUGAGAAGGGAUCAACAUCAGAUGCAUAAGAAGAAUUAAAUGCUUCCUAACAUACAUAAUUGUGCAACUAAAUCUUGAAAGAGCAUAUUCUUGUCUGCCUGCAGUUGAAGAUUAAGAAACCUUGAACUCUACCUGUCAUUCAUUCCUUAAACAUCCACUUCCUUUGGUUUUCUCAACUAUUGGCCUCAGUUACAUCCUGCAGGAGAGCACUUAAUUACCAAGUCAAACAAAGCAUUUUGUUUUAAGCCAUUCUGCCCUGGUGAUCUAACACUGCUGAGCAUCCCUUUUGCCCUGCUCUCCAGAAAGCAUCAUUAGCUUGCAGCUGACCCUUCACUUGCCCCAUCUGUUUUGAAGUCUUCCUCCCCCAACACGUUUCUGCUCCUUUCCAUCUAAAAAGGCUCAAGUCUGUCCAGUUAUUGAAUGUGCUCUGUAUGAAGCUACUAAUUAUUCUCAAGAGCUUUCCAGUUACUCUGAAUUAACUAGCCAACCAAAGUCAUGGUGAGGAUGCAUCCUAGUUUUAUCUAAGUGGCUUUUAAAUUUUUUUUUCUGGAUUUCACCCCCUUUAAUAAAACCUGACAUUCAGUCUCCCUUGCAGACUGCCGUUUGUAUUUAUUGUAUGAUUCACAGUGGCACCUGAACUUUCAGUCUGCUGCAUAGCAAACAUUACGCAAAGGCAGUUUGUGGCUUCCAAGUGACCUGUAGUAUUUACAGGUAACUGUGGCACCUUUACAGCUAACAUCAUCGAUAGCAUCCAGACACUAAAUAUGUUCAUUUAUAGCCACACAAAAUUGACCAGAGGACAUAUUCAAAUGGGUGCUUGGCUUGCUACUGCUGUCUGAUUUCAAACUGUUGCAUGUAGCUGGAGGACAAAGGAGGAGACGGGUGUUGCACCCACCGAGGAAACUGGCAUCCUCUUCUGGAUCAACCUUAUCUUGGAUCAGCAGCAAGUUCUGCCACCUCCCCAUGGAUUGUCCUCCUGGUCGUACAGCAUAGCAGGAAAGUACAGACUAGAAACGCGAGCUCAGAAGGACAGACUGCAGCAGUACAGAUACAGCGCCUUGCAAGUUACAUCACAGUUAAGGAUGUACAAUUAGGAACUUGUAAGGCCUGAGUUAAAUAUCUUGUGGGUGGUGCUUCAAGGAUUAACACUGCUUUAACUCCACAGAAGAGCUGAUUUGUUUGGGGAUAAGAACCCAUUUUCUGACACCAAAAUAACACUGCUUAUAUGAGGGUGUGGCACAGCAAUACUGCGACAUAAAACCUGGUAGAACUAAGCUCCAUCAUGUUUCGAACAAGUUCACAGGAAAGAAUAAGCCCAGUUCUAAGAAAAUUAAAUAUGUAGUACUUCCGAAAGUUCAGCUCCUUUGUCAUCAAGGUGUAGUUUCUCUCAAGGAUACUCCUACUCCCAUGCCUCAGUUUUUGCAUGCCCUAGAUCCAUACAUCCAGAUCACUUCAAGGCCAUGCUGUUCUGACUUCUGGCAACCCCAUUGUUUCCAGGCCCUAGGCCUCAAAGAGAGGUCUGACAACGCUCCAGAUUUCUGACAGAUGUUACACUGCUUAAUCAGUAGUACAACAUUCCCCUGAAAAGAAGUGUAGGAAGAGUCGAGGCUGUAAGCAGGCAGAAAGGCCCAGCUCAGCCCUUUGGCAAAGGCUAGCUUAAGUGGUGCUGUUAAAUACUGCAGCUAUCUGAAGAGCCAGAAAAUGAGCACAGGUCUAGGACUGAGGUGGGGAACUGCCUCCAGGAGACUCCAGGCUGAACUGUCAGGAAAGCAGCUGCCAUCUCCUUGAGCAGGGCUUCCCACCAACAGGUGUCUGUAACUCUAGCACUAACACUACAGUGAGGAAGGAGCAAGACCCUUGUGGAAAGGAAAAUUGCUUGUAAAACCUUUUCACAUCAUUAAAUCCUUCUUUAACUUUUAAAACUCGUACCUCAGUGACUGGAGUGCCUUCUGCAAGCUUUCACAGUAGCAGUCACUAGAAGUUAAUAGAAGGCUGAUGAAGAGAUGACUCAAAGUUCGGGUUUCCCACCAGCCCCUGCCUGCCGUUGCCUCCACUGCUGGGACGAUUGGGGUCUGUGUACCUGUUUUCAUAUGGCAAUGUUACGGGCAUAUCCUGACCCCCUUAACCACAAAAGGACUUACAACGACAGCUCACUGGUAUCGCAGUGGGUAAAGAGGAUCAUCAUCCCACUGUCUACCCCCUCAGAGACAAUGAAAUGCUUUGAAAUAGGGAGGACUAAACACACAAGAUGUGGUUUCUCCAGAUGAGAGGUCUUUGUAUGAUCAAUAAAUCAGGCUGAACAAAUUCAGCCCUGUCUCUCACAAGAGCAAUGCUAAACAAAGUAUUCAUAAUGACAAAACCAGGAGUUUUUGCACAAGAUAUGGGGGCCAUCCCAUUGCAGCAUCACUUCUCUCUCAGCCCUGCAGGCCUUGCAUGGGUUGAAGACUUCUGUGCAGACAGGGCAGAAGUACUGUCAACAAGAUGCUUCAUCUAGUUGCUGUCAACACAAAAAAAUUGAUAGCAAGUCUGCUGACCCCACUCACUUCGUAUCCUUUCUGCAGCAAGCUCCCACCAACGUACAUAUCUUUUUAAUUUUUUUUU